UCAUCCCAUCCCAUCCCAUCAGAUUCCACGGUGCCUUUUCGUUCGUGUUCCUCGAUCUUUCUUUCUUUCUUCAAAGCAUAUUAUUAGAGUCGACAACAAGUGCUUUAGCAAGUUUUGCAAUCUCCAGUGUUGUCUACAAAAGUGUUUGUGGACGAUUUGGUGAAAUUUGGAGGACUUUGUUGCGGAAAGGUACUGGUACUUCAGUCACUAAGAAGCUAGAAAAAAAAUUCAAAUGCGGAACAAUGGAUCAGUUGGAAAUGGUGUCGCAAUUGACGAUCAAUCGGAUCUCGAGAAACAGGAAAAGGCAGAGUCUGGGGAUCACACCUCAUUGGCAGAUUCAGCUGCCAAUGACUGCGAUCAAACUGUUCUCACCAUUGUGGUCUCCAAUGAGGGGUCCCCCUAUCCUCUCAACAUUGCUCCUGAAUUAGUAGAAAAGUUUCCAAGGACUGUUGAGCCCACUAAGGAAGAAAACGACACGCACGAGGUUUCACCAAAGAAAGAUCAACUAUCAAGGAAUGCAAGUUGUCAUGAACAGUGCAGGAGUGUCUGAGAAGUCUUGGUAUCCAACACGUAUCUAUGAACAUGGACAUGAUUCGUGCUACUUAGCUGACUAUGUAGACAGUAUAUUGUGGCUCAUUUGCAAUUGGCACCUAAUGUUGAUGAGGCAUAGAGUAUGAAGCU